AUGGCCACCUUUGAAAAUAGAUUGAGUCGCAGAAAAGGUAAACAUGGAGGCGAUACUUAUAGGUUAGACACUAAAAAUAAAACACCUGAAGAAAAUAUAAUAGAAAUAGUGCAAGGUCUUUAUAUAAAAAAGACAUUCCACAAUGAUACCUCACCUACAAAUAAGAACCUUCCUCCUGAAUUCAGAUCAGGUUUUAGGAUUCAGAAGAGUGGUUCUGACAGCCACAGAUGGUCUUAUUUUGAUGCUUUGGUCACACUGUUACAUAAAGAGGACAGAAGUAACUUAGGUUUUACUACAGAUGAACUUAUGACUUGUAUCCGCAUCAGCCUGGUGGAUGAUUCUAUGGUGAUAAGAGCAGCGGGUUUGAGAGUUCUAAGAUACUUGAUCAAAACCGAGAGUGACAUUGCUACAUUUAAUAAUCUAAAAUUGCCUUAUCUUGUGACUAGAUCAAUGGAUCUCAUGCUACGGAAUGAAGAAGAGCGUGCCCAAGCAUUGAAAGUUGUCCGACGAGUGAUUGCAGUUGUGGGAGCUAUCGAACAGGGAACAAGGAAACAUAGGGCUGCCUACAUUGAUCAAGGCCUGUUGAGAUGCUUGGCAGCUGUAGCCAGGGCUGGCAGCGCUGGUGAUGGGAGCGGGGACAGAUUAUCGAGGCCUGCUAUUGCUACAUUGGCGGAAAUAUGUGUAUUAAAUCCAGAAUUAUUCAUAUCUUGUGGUGGGGUGACAGCUGUGACGCGGCAAUUGGCGGAAUGUGCAACGCCACGUAUGGCCGAGGCGUUAUGUGGUGUUUUAUUACACACCCUCAAUGAUCCGAAGUCUCGUAAAGCGGCUAGGAUUGACCUCACCUGUCUAAAUUCACCCUACUGUGAUUUUCAUUUUAGACCUGCUGGCACUGAUACUAGCAAAGAUGAGCGUGAAAUGCGGUUCACUUGCAGUCGUCUGGCAUUGCUGUGUGUGCUGCGCAGCUGGCCAGGGUUGUUACAUUUCUGUCACCCUGCUAGCACGGGCGGGCUCAGCGCGUUGGUGGCAGCCCUGUAUUUACCAAGGCUGGAGGUUCGAAAAGCCAUAUUGGACUUGUUGUAUGAAUUAGUGGGACUGCCUCAACCAGAUUGGACAGAUGAAAUAUCUGUUGCUUUAGAUGCUGUAGAUCCUUCUGAUUUUCAAGACUCAUGGCGUUUGAAUCAUGGUUUUGUAUCUGCUGAAGGAAUAGCAAUUUUACCUCAUCUUUGUGCCACCGGCCCUGAUAUAAUAGAGAUUCACUUAGCACUGUUAUUACAAUGUUUCCUGGAGGUUGGCCUCUUGGAUGGAUUGGUUGAAGUGAUAGUAACAAGUGAUACCUUUAUAUCUGUAAGGGCGACUGUAUUACUAGGUCAACUCUUGCAUUUAGUACACCUAUUUCUACCUCCUCAAAUAUGUAGUAUAACACCAGCCCUACCAUCUUUGAUAUCUCAAGCAUCCAAUGGGAAGCCCCAGGCUCUAGCUGCGGUUGCUGCUCUGAGAAGAUUACAUUCUAUGCACGAAGCCAGACCAGCCGCUAACAGUCUGUUCCUAGAUCAUAUCAUACAGUAUUGCAGUGGGGCGUUCAGAACAAAAAUUGAAGAUACAUCAAAGAGCAAAAAGGAGAAAGACAAUGCUAGCAUGGCUAAACCCAGAAAUAUAGCCGAUGUUCCUAAAGACAGUAUUGAAUUUUUAAACGAAUCUGAUACAGAGUACGAACCAAAACAAAGGCAUAGCGUCGGUUCGAGGGCAGAUGUCGCCUCUAGGAAUGUGAGUGCGCUCGUUAAAAGCAAAAGUGUGAGUUCAAGAACUAGCGCCGCUGUGAGUAAAGUAACUAAAUCCGCAAAAUUCUUCAGUCUUUUUGAACGUGAUAGCGACAGCCUUAUAAGAUCGUCACUUGUUAUGCAGAACAAAGAUGGAAACACAUGGAAUUGGGAAAUCAUUAGAACCAUACUAAAGGAAACCGAAGGCACUCCUUUGUUGAAUUUGAACGACAGCGGUCACAGAGCUUGGGCGAGUCGUAUAAUUAAUUAUUUGAAACCAUCUGCUAACAAAUAUUCACAUACGGAUCUCUCGACGACCUGUAACGGACAUUCGGCGACGCGAGCCGGUUGUCAGUUGAUACGGCAUCUGUUGCGACACAAUGAUUCUGAUUCGCAAAGAAUGUUAGAGGAAUUGUUUAUGGACGUAAGUCGUCAGAUAGAGGCCAUAGAGACCGGUCGCAAGGCUCAUGAAUGUCUGUUCAGUCCGCAACACAUGUGCAACACUAUGUGCCAAAUGUACUUCCUGUUUAUUGGACAACUGUGCCAUUCACACACCGGUCUUAGACUAUUCAAACAAACAAAACUAUAUGAGAAUCUCCUAGAAUUAUCUACUAAGACCCAUCACAGCUGUUACGUUAAGUUAGUUAUAUCGAGUCUAGAUUACACUAUAGAUUCAUGUCCACGUGAUAUUCUUGCCAAGACGUUAACAUGUAACAUACAAGCAUCAAGACUGUACACAACUCAGUUCCUAAACGUACUAUUAAGAGCAUCGCGGAAAUCUAAAGAUUUGGUCCGAAAGAAGUCGAAAUUAAAGAAGGAUAUUAUGCAAGAUCAUUACAAGUUCACUCAUAGAGAUGAUAGUGUUGAUAAUGGCUUGGAUAUGGACUCCUGGGUACUGAAAAUGUUAGUCGGUCAAGUUAAGGACGAAUUUAAAGCAGUCGUUAAAACUGCUCUAACUAUUCUCGAAGAAGCUUACAGUGUACCCGUUUAUUUGGAAAAAUUAAUGAUGUUAAAGGACGCGCUAGCGCAAAAUUGUCGCUUGGAUAAAUCCAUUGAACCGUCAGCUAUGGAUUUCUCAGCAGUGGGCGACCGUGGAUACUUACUGUGGUUGGGCCUUGAAGUCGCGUCCGCAUCUCAAACAGCCGAUGCAAGUGCUAUAACAUUCGUCAAAAAACAUUUGGAUUUUUGGAACAAAUCCUACAAUUACAGAUACGUCCGCCUCGUAGAAGCGGUGGUACAUGAAGCAUUGACAGUGUCAGAGAGUUCGAGACGAGCCCGCAACGCACGUCGGUCAGCGCGUCCGCCGCCUCACCUGCUAGCCACGCUCGCCCACCUGUGUACCAACAAGAACGGUAACCCGCCAUUCACGAAGGGACUGCUAGCCGCUGUUCUACCACCACACUAUAAGAUCCUACAAAAGAAACAGUGUGUGACGGAGCAAGAGAUUGUUGAUCUGAAAGCUUCUUUGUGGGCGGUUGGAAAUGCAGCGGUAACUCCCCAAGGUCUACAGCAACUGAUGAAUUUGAGUAACGGCUUCCUCGAAGACUCAAUACCGGUUCAUAUCGUGCGUCUCGCAAAAUAUAGUCCUGUGUACGCAGUGCGGGCGACCGCAUUCUAUGUCCUGGGACUAAUCGGUAGCACCUUUGACGGAGCUAAUCUUUUGCAAGAAUUAGGUUGGCUAUGCGUCCGUCACACAAGACACGACCGAUUCCCCGUCAUCCCAGACGAGAAUUACACUCAAGUGGUUGAUCCGAACGACACUUCACUCUCCUUUAUGACGUCACCGAACAAACGAUUCAAUUUCGACAUAGACUUGAGCGAGCAUUCAGACCACACAGACCAGAGUACGGCAGAGAGUCUGCACUCGGAAAAUGUUAAACUAAACAGAACAAUAGCAUCAAUAGAUCAGACCGAGAUCGAUCAAGACGUGGUCGAUCACAAACUUAGUUUGAUCGAACGCCGUGAACCCGACAAAAGGAAGUCUCACACGCUGCCCUCACAAGGAUCCACUUCACAUGAACGAACAUUAACUGAAUCGAGGACUGUGGAUAUUCUAAGGGAUUGUUCAGUGUAUGAGAGGCCUCGCAUGCAUAUGGACAGAUUUGUAAAAAUGAAUUCCUUCGAUCACACACAGGAGGGACGAGUUAGAAAUACAAGCGAGUCGAGUACGAGCGGUGUUAGCAGUUGUGAUUCGUUUCUAGGAAAACAUGCGCUGCCCGAGCGUGUGGUGAAGCUAAGUCCUAUUCCAAGUUCAUCCAGUCUUCAUGGUUUACGAGGAUCCACUCGCACUAGACCCACCAGACGUACUUCCACAUCCAGUUUUACUACUCCAGAAGCGGCUAGUUCACCGCCAACACAAAUGGAUAUGAGUGGAUAUGCAACACUUCUAUCAUUAAAUAAACAUAGAAGGCCGCAUUACGUCUCAGAGAGUGAAGCUAUGGGCGCCAAUGAUAUCGACGUGUUAAACUGGCUCCCACUUGAUUCUAAUCAACAGCCUAAAGUAUUUUCAUCAUUGCGUGAUAGAUCUAAAUCAACUCGCGAAAGGAUGACAAAAUAUAGCCUCUUAGAAUACGAUUGGAAGCCGUUAACUCAGAACGAAAGUUCGAGAAUGGUUGCACCGACAUCGUCAAAUUUGAGGACAAUGCCUUCAAUGCCUAAAACGCCAUAUUACAUGGGAAUAUGUCUGCCGAAGAAUCUCAUGGAUCUAUUCCCAAUGGAAAAUGAUGGCAACACCAUGGAACCAGAAGAAAAAGUGGUUAAUCCAGUGUCUUCUAUAGUUGAGGACGGGUUGGCCAGUGACUUAAGAACGCGAACACCCGAUUAUUCGCUUGGACUAAAUAAAGGAACGAGUAUUCACACAUCAAGUACGUCGACAGGCAACACUCAAACUGAAAUCGAAGCUAGCAAGGUUGAGAGUGAAAUUAAAACAGAUGAUAGAAGCAAGUCAGAUAUAAUCACAGAUAAGAGAGAAGUCAGGGACGAUAAUAUGUAUGGCAGGGUCGGGAAAGUUGGUAAAUGGAGGCAUAUAGCGUCUGACUGUCUGGCCUGUGUUAAAACGAGACCGCCCUCAUCUCACGAACUAAGAGAGGCUUUCUUUGCUGAGUUAGAAAGUCCAGCGGGUCCAUCGUCACCUGUGGGAUCUACUCCUCAAGCACUUCUGUUACACAAUGUCUUGUUUAUGGCUAACCCCAUACACUUGAGACAGACGCGGUCUUCUUUGCUUUCCUUGAAGCAGCGUCAUCCAGAUGUAUUUCGCAGUCCAUGCGUGUACUCAGAUGUAUGUGCUUUGCUCGCUCGAGACACAUACAUGUUGUGCGCGAGACGAUUCCUCCAAGAAUUGUUUCUGGAUACUAACUUCGACUGUUUCAGAGACGAACCAGCCGCCAUACUAGCAAGACAUAACCACAAUACGGAAUAG